AAUAUAAUCUAUGGCUUGCCUGAUAGAGAUGACAGCAGCAAGCGCGUUUUGGAUCUUUGAGCGCUGAAAAUUGUAAUGUAAAAAUACGAGAAAUAAACGUGUAUUGGCCAUCAUGGCAAAUCCAAGGAAAUUCAGUGAAAAAAUUGCCCUCCAUAAUCAAAAGCAGGCUGAGGAAACUGCCGCUUUUGAAAAAAUUAUGCGUGAAGUUUCCGACGCAACCAAUAAGGUUAAUUCAAGUACCAGGCGUACCAGAAACAAAGCUCCACCCAAGACCCCUGAAACAAAUGAAGCGUCACUCCGACCUUCUCAGCAAGGGCUGGGCACGUUUCGCAGUGGCUCAUUGCCAAAUGUGGCUGCACCACAGGCCACCGACAUAGAGACGGAAAAUGUUAAGCCUGAAGAAGCUACACUGGCAACACAAUAUGGCCUGGGUGGUGGUCGCAGUGGAGGGACAUCACCGUCUCGUUCGCCUGGUCAAAGAGGCCGCACCUCCUCAUCUGUAGGUCCAAUGCGCCGACCUGCCGACCGGAAGCAUGAUACCAGUCCUUAUGGAAGCACCGUUUACUUAAGUCCACCACCGGACAGCAACUGGAGACGUACGAACUCUGAUUCGGCGUUACACCAGUCAUGUGGGGGCGACCAGCAAGCGGGUGCGCCGUCGCUUUCCCCCCACCAUCAUCCGCUACAUUCACACGCACACCCUCACUUGCAUCCGCAUCAAAAUCAUAGGAGAGUUGGCGAAAUGCACUUAAACGUUUUAGGAAUGGGCAUGCAUCCGACGAAUCGUCCCAGAUCAUCAUGUGAAAUACCGAGGAUACCAAAUAAUAAUAACGUGUACGAGAGCGGGGGGGAGGGCGGUGGCGGCGGCGGGGGCGGGGGGCUGGCGUGCGGCGAGCUGCAGGUGCCGGGCGGCUCGCUGCCCGACCUCACCGCCCUGCACUUCCCGCACUCCUCGCCGCACUACCUGCCGCACCGGACCAACACCUCGCCUGACUACCACAACAGAUACAGUCCGACGUCGCCCGGAGCAGUGUCGCCCGCGUCCGGCUCGCCCAGCGCGGCGCCGCACACGCUCUACGACGCGCAGAAUCACUUAUCUGUACCAAACACAAAUAAUUAUCUUCAUCAUAGUAAGAACAUGUCACCUUUAGACCACGGAUGGAUAACGUCCGGGUACCAGUCGCACUGUAGUCCGCCCUCGCAAUAUUCAUCUACGUCAAAUAUAAACAUACCUUCGCCUACGAUGGCACAUAGUCCAGGUAGUCCGGUGGAAUCUCCGCAGGGUGACUACAGUUUACACCAAACGCUACUGCAACCCUUCGAACAAAUCACGAUGUUGGAUCAACCAGUGACGAAUUACAACACGACGUACCUAAAUCACAGUUCGCCGCAUUCACCGCAGACGACGAACACGCAGCAUACGUACACUCAGUCAUCGCAGAGCAACGAUUGCCGGCGCGGGGCUCGCGACCCGGUGGCGGGGGGAUUCCCGGCGCUGCAGCCCCUCGCGUCCCCCUCCGCGCCCCCCACACCCGCCACGCCCGCCAGCAUACCCGACAUCAUACUCACCGAUUAUUCGGGCGAACUGGACGCGGGCAUUUUCGGCGGGGAGGAGGCUCAGCUGCGGGCCGGCCUCGACCUGGACGACCUCAACCUGCUGGAGGAGCCGAGCGCGCUGCUGCCGGACUCGUCCGUCGAGCACGAGUUCCGGCUCGACCGCUUGUAGUACCGCGCCCGUCGUGCCCGCGCCUCACUCGCCCUCUGAACGUCCGCCGACGGUACACUCACCUCUACAGAGCCUCACUGCAUCUAUAUAAAUAACUAGCUGACCCAGCAGAUUUUGUAGUGCCUCAAUCGAGAAAUAAAACGCCUAAACUUUUGUAUAAAAUAAACUUAAAACAAACAAAAGGAAUCCGUCCGACGGAGGACACAUCAAAGGGAAAACAAAAUUGUUAUUUUUAUUUAAUUCCGGGCAUUUUCAUAUUUAUCUACCUUUUAAACCUUCUCUGGACUUCCACAAAUAAUUCAAGACCAAAAUUAGCCAAAUCGGUCCAGCCGUUGUCGGGUUUUAGCGAGACUAACGAACAGCAAUUCAUUUUUAUAUAAAUAGACUAGCGGACCCCUCCGACUCCGCUCGGGUCUUUAACAAAAAUUUCAACGAUAUUUGACGUUGUUUUGUUUUUUUUUUUAAAUAAAAAAAGACUUAUUGUGGCAUAACUAUAAUAGUUAGACAUAUGCUGUCGCGAUACUUUUUGUAGAUAAUAAUGUGUUCUACAAAGUCGCAGUACAUUAUUUUAUUCUAUCAUCAAUCGUUUUCGCAGUUCACGCGAUGUAAAGAAUAUUUUAGGUAAUUUUUUUACACCUUAGGUUACAUUAUUGGAGUUUUAGUAAGAAACCCAAAUUUUUUUCAAAAAAGAUUUUAGACUAUGUCACUCGGGAAUAGUGUAGCUGCCAAACAGUGCAAGAAUUUUUCAAGUCGGUUCAGUAGUUUCGGAGCCUAUUCAAUACAAACAAACAAACAAAUCUUUAUAAUAUUAAUAUAGAAAGUGAAAUGCUGUUCGUUAGUCCCGCUAAAACUCGAGAACGGCUGGACCGAUUUGGCUAAUUUGGGUCUUGAAUUAUUUGUGGAAGUCCAGAGAAGGUUUAAAAGGUAGAUAAGUAUGAAAAAUGCUCGGAAUUAAAUAAAAAAUAACAAUUUUGUUUGUUUUAUGCAAAAGUUUAGGUCUUUUAUUUAUCGAUUGUGGCACUACGAAGUCUGCCGGGUCAGCUAGUUAUCAAUAAAAAUGCUUAAACAAUUAUGAGCAUCAAAGCUAAAGUGUCAAUUGGAAAUUCGCAAACGAACCGCUGAAGAGUGAUUUCAGCAAUAAACAUGGAAAUCCUAUUUUCUGGUUCUAGGCUCUUUUUUGUCAGACUUUGUACAGCUAAAUAGUUUAACAAUAUCAAGAUAGAAAAGAAUUUCGCUUUGUAUUUUGAGAUUAAUCUAAAGACACUAUUCUUCUAACCAUUUGCGAGAUAUUUCUAAAAUAAUUGGUUUUAAAAAAGAAAGUAGUUAGACCACGCUGGCUCUCGUGGCAUCAUUAUGAUUAUACGCAUUCCUUCUUUGUGUUUUUACUCGAAACCGUUCUCGGCGAUGCGAGAACUACGUCCAUUUUGAUUUUGUAAUACUAAAAAUUAACUCUUUGUACUCCACCCUAAUCUGACAUAUAGAACUACAACAGAUACAGUAAUGCUUUAGUUACGAGACUACACGUACAGUACACGAAACACAAAUCUGUAUCUGUAACGAUAAUUAAAAAAACCAUUAGUGUCAACCACAGCUGAUUUAGUAGUAGUUCUAUUAUUCCAACAGGAAAGGCAAAGGUAUCACACCAUACAGCCUAAUCGUUUAUAUUAUUUUUUUAUGAAAAAAUGGUAAUAUAGAGUGAAUUGAGAUGAGAUGAUAUGGGAUGAAAAAUAAUCUCAGUAAAAUGGUGGUUAUAUACUGAGACUUUUUCAGUGGACUUUUUGGAAGAUCCCAAGAAGCUACAUCCGGCGGCUUUGUUUCAUUUCUCACAUUUGUGCAUAUUCACAGAUAUUAAACAGACGGUUGAUUUAAUGUAUUCAAAUAUGACGUCAUCGACUGCAAUGGAGUGCAAAGGGUUAAUGCCAUACUGCACCAAAAAUAAAAUCUUUUUUUUAAACAUUAAGGUUUUACCGUCAGUGUCGUAUGAAUGUAGCAGCGUAUGGCCGAAGAGAGGUGGCGAGGGAGCCUUCGCUCUCGUGGCGACGCGAGACUCCCUAUACUUCAUGACAAUUUCUAUCAAGUCUGAGUUAGUGAACGUAGGACCGGGUGUAGGUAGCGGUCGUGUCUAGUGGUUAGUGAGGACGCGAGGCGCGACUCGUCGACACAUUCCGAGGUGUGGCCGCGUCCGUGUGUGUGUGCGUGUGUACGUGUACGUGCGUAUGUAUGACUGUGUGCACUCGCCUCCGCUCCGGACAUUUGAGAGUGCAUGUGUUCAUUGUGGAUUCUAAUGUUUUACUCAUGUUUCUAAUCCGUGGGGGUAGUUUUUAAGAAUUAGAUUUUUUAAUAUGGCAAUGGAUUCAUCGACGUAUCUUGUACAGCAUUAAGUGAUUGUAUUUUUUUUUUAAAUCUAGCAUUUGUGAAUAUUUACUCGAAUAUCAUUAGAAUUUUUAAUUCGAUUAACGAAAUGAGACAUUUUUGUUUGUUUUACUGUUCUAUAGAAGCCGAGUUGGUUGUUAUUGUGUAAAUAAAAAAAAAUCGAAAGUGUUCAAUCACUGGUUUGCAUUUAAAACGCUAAUGUUGCAUUCGACGAAUAUUUCGACGCCGCUCUCGGUCAUCGUAUUCGGCAGCGCACCACAAAUGACGUCAUUGUACAAAUAGAACAACGGUCCAACUAAUGCUCAAAAGUCAUAAACAUUGAGUGAGAAGACUUACAACUGCCCGUUGUUUGCAAGCGUUCGACAUCUAGCUUUCGUCAACACGCUAUCUAGUAUGUUUUACGUUGCGCCCUAAUUCCUAUUAUCUAUAAAAGCAUAUAUUUUUAAGGAUAACCGUCUUUGAUCAUUGUAAAUAAAUAAAUAAAAAGUUGUUAAUAAAAUUUCGAAUAAGCUUUUGUCGCAAACAUAUCUAUAUGUAUGUGCGUAUGUGUGGUUGGUUGACAUAAUAUGUGAUUGGUAAUUUGUACAGAAUUUUUCAUUAGAUUUCUUUUUGCGUUUUCAAUUUUUUUGUAUCUGUUAUGACUUUUAAAAUAAUCGAUUAAAAUUUAAUUAACGAUCACAUUGAAUGGUAUAUUCGUUUUUCGGAAUAUUAAACAAUUACAGGGUUGGUCCAAAUAAUAAAAUAGGGUUGUCCCUCUGCGAACGCAUAACUUUUUUUUUUUUUUUUGUGAAGCAACAAUUUUUUUAUGCAUUUCCCUAUCAGUGGAACAUUGAAAAUCUGAAGUAAAACAUUUAAGUAGUUAUAAGUCGGUAUAAUUUAGUUUUUAGUAUCAUAUCGAUACAUUCGUAUCGUUCGUUUUCAAAUGUCUUCAGACAUUAAAUUUAGUGACGUUAAGUUUAAAAAAAAAGAAGGAUAUAUUAUGUUGGGAGUGCACUGACACACAAAGUAGACACGGAUUAUCGUUUUCUUGUUUAAUUAUGUAAAUGCUCAUUAUAUUGCGUUUAAAGAGUCUAGUCAUCAAGUUAUGAAUUUCAGACAGAAAUAUCUAUACAAUGAUCGAACCUCUGGUGUGUUUACAUACGGAUCAUAUCGCAUUCCACGUGAAUGAGUGCUAUAUAAUACAAUUUGUAUUGUGUUGUAAAAUAAUUGGGCGUCAGUCUAAAAAUGUUAAAGUGGUUUUAAUAAAAUUACUUUUUUUCUUUUUCAUGCAAAAAUUUACGUGCCAUAUAAUAAGUUAAUUUGAUUUUUUUCCACAAACAAUCAUAUUUGACAUUAACAAUAAUACCGUAAGUCGACGAAAUCGAAAAGUAUUUCUACAUUUUCUUUUAGACUGAACCCUACAACUGUUUUGUGGUUAUAACUUUACAUAUAUAUUAUCAUGUUAUUGACAUUUGCAUUAUACAUUAUAUUUGCGUUAUGUACAGUUUACUAGAUAUGCACACAUUUUCGUGUUAUAGUUUCGAAAAUUUAUAAAAGAUUUCCUCUUCAAGUAUGUACUGUGUGACAGAUGACGUACUGUUUUAUAUAAUAAAUAGUUAUUGUACGAUAAAUGUGAUAAAUGAUGAAAUGUAAAGCACAAGAUAAUUUCAUAAUGAAGCCUAAAUCAGUUCGUUGAGAAAUGUUUUCAUUCUUUACGUAUUUGGAAAAUUAAAAAAAAGUUUCUUUUUUAUCUAUAAGAUUAUGCUAUGAAUGUGUUGAAUAGAUUACGGAAUGGUUUUGUAUAGAAUGACGGUUAAAUAUUUUUUUAUAUUAAUUAUAUUUCCCCGUUUAUCUGUAAGUGUUUUACAAUCAUGUCAUAUGAAUAAAUUUAGAGUGAUUGUGGAUCCAAUAAAUCAAAAUUAUAUUAAAAAAUUCUAUAAACUUAAGUAUAUGUAUUUAUUGAAAUUUUAAAUACAAAUCUAAAAAAAAAUUAAAAACUAAAGAAAUUAAUGUAAACAGAUAUUUAAUCAUACAUUCUAUACAUAAAUCGAGCGUAUAAUAAUAAAAGCUAUCGGGUUAGAUUUGAAAACAAAUCAGGUGCAAUAUAAUAUUGGUGUUUGACGGAAUCGAAAAGAAUUAAAGAGAAUUUCAUUAUUAAUAAUGUCUUGUAAAUUAAAACCUCCCAUGAUAAAUUUUCUAUUGUAUCAAAUUAAUAGUAUAGGUAAAAUACUGAUGACGCAAAAAAAAGUUUAUCUUUUUUAAAUCCACCAAAUCAACCUUUUCUAACGGACGAAAGGAUCGCUUGUGUAAAUUGUGUAUCUCAAUUUUUUUCUUGAAAAAAGAGAAUUCACCAUUAAAUAACUGAAAAUAGUACAACACGUGAAGUUAUGCAUGAAUAUGAUUUUGACCUUGGAAACAUCGAAACACCAAAACAGUGUGAUGGAUAUAAUAUGUAUUAAAUAAAUAAAUUAUGUAUCAUAAAUAUUUUUACAAGAUUUUUAAAGAUUUUAUCAUCUACUCUUAAUUUCUUUCUCAAAUAUGCACAAACUUAAUGAGAAAUUUAUUCGAUAAAAUUAAAGGUUUGUUUUAUUGAAACCAAAUGUACAUAAGUGUGAUAGAGAUGAAACGGUCUCAUUUAAAAAUAAAGUUGUUGUAAGUACA